AUGGCCAAGUUCCGAGGUGCUUCUUCUUCUUCUUCUUCUAGUGGCAAGAAAAAGAUCAACAGCAUAGCCGAGAAGCUGCAAAGGAGUCUCUACUUGGUUAAGCCAAGACCAUCUUCAUCAAACGACACAAAUGCAGUCCCUCAAGACGUCAAAGAAGGGCACUUCGCGGUGAUCGCCGUCAAAGGAGAUGAGCCAAAGAGAUUUGUGGUCCCUUUGAGCUGUUUGGCGCACCCAACUUUUCUGAGGCUGUUAGAGCAAGCAGCCGAGGAGUAUGGCUUCGAUCGCGAGGGUGCUUUGAACAUUCCUUGUCGGCCAUGUGAGCUCGAGAAGAUAUUGGCAGAGCAAUGGCCCCAAACGACAUCCGAUGAAUCGUCGUCGUCCUUCAAGUGGGGUUCUUGUAAAACCCAUGGUGCAGAGCUACUAGUCAAAUAA